AUGGUGGAGAGCAUCCGAAAGCUUAUCUUGACAAUUCACCAUGGAUGGUAUGUUACGGAUGGGUUCUAUUUAGGUGGCACUGCGCACUGGAGUGACAACCAUUGCAAAGAUUAUGUGUCCAUGAUGGAUUUGUAUGAGUCGGCAAUAAAGCUUGGGUACACAGAACAGACAAGUAGAAAGCCAAGCUUCUAUUCCAAGUGGUGCGGCAUAGCAACAAAGGUAAACAACCUACCGCAUGUUAACGUGGGUGAUGAGGGUUUUGUAGAUGUGGAUUUAGAAACAGAUGAUGAUGAAAAUCUAGAUGGUUAUGAGGAUGCUCAAUUUGGUGAAGGUUUUUUAGAUGCUCAGUUUGGUGAAGGUUUUGCGGAUGAUGUCUUUAAUGAUGAUAUAAACAGAUAUGGUGAGUCAGUUAAUGUGGAUGAGUUUGUAUAUGUUGAUGUGCAAGUAGAAGAUGAAGAUGAAAAUGAAAAUGAGGAAGAACUUGACGUAAAAGAUUAUGUGUAUAGAGAAACUGAGUUUGAGCAAAGUGAUGAAGAAGAUGAGAGGGUUUAUGGUAGAUUUGUUGUAAAUGAAGAUAAAGAAGACCAUGAGAAAGAACCAGGUGAGGCAGAUACUUAUGAAUAUGACACUGAUGAUUUGAGAAGUGUUCAUGAUUUUGAGAAUGAGGGAAAUACUAUAGUGAGAUGGAAGACCAAAAGAAGAAGAGCCCUUAGAUAUAAGCAGUAUUACAGAUAUCAUGACUUGAGGUUUCCCAAAUUUAAUUUGGGGCUUGAAUUCCCAACCAUGACAGAGUGCAAAGAAGUUGUUCGAUACUAUGUUAAUAGUUGUGCCAAGUUACUGAACUUUGUGAAUAAUGAGCCUGGUCCGACUGUUAAAGUGAAGAGUUUUGUAGGAGAGCACACAUGUGGGAAAGAAGAAAUAAGCAGAUUUGCCACUUCUAGUUGGUUAGCUGCAAGAUUUGAUGAUGAGCUUAAGACAAAUCUUAAUAUUUUAAUGGGAGAUUUAAUGGCAUUGGUAAGGAAGCAUUAUUUCAUUGAUGUUACUAAGGAUCAUAUUUAUAAAGCAAAGCAAAUGGCUCAAGAGAAGAUUCAAAGGACAGCUGGUCACAGUAGUUUGGCUUUGAAACAGAGAUUAUGGGCUGCAGCAAGAGCCAUUACAGUUUCAUGGUGGGAAGCAGAGAUGGAGAAGAUAACGGAUUUGUCUAGAAAAGCUUACAAAUUGCUGAAAGAUAGGCAUACAUGCUCAUGCAUGAAAUCGGAUCUCUGUGGUCUUCCUUGUUGCCAUGCACUGGCUGCAAUCUCAAGGAAACAAAGGAGUCUCAUGCAAUAUGUGAAUCCUGCUUAUUUUAUAGAUGCAUAUGAUAGAGCAUAUGGGAAUUUCAUUUUCCCAAUGCCUAGUCAAGACUUAUGGGUGAAAACAGGCAAUCCACCCAUCAAACCUCCUGUGUAUGCAAGGCAAGCUAGCAAUUCACAAAGGCCAAGGCAAGCUGCAAAUAGACCAGAUGCACCUACCAAACGUACAAUAACCCAAACUGUUGCUAGCCAAACUCCUCACUCCAAUCCAAUGAGAAGGGCAAAACUAAGGUUUUAUGCUUGGUAUUAUUUGAUGUUGGUGAAUAUGGAUAAGGCAUGUAGAGACAGAUGCACUUCAACCGCAGGAAUGGAAGGGAGAGGCACUACUCCAAAUGCAGGACUAGGAGGGAGAGGCAUUGCUCCAACUAUAGGAAUGGGUGGGAGAAGCUCAGUUCCAACUGUACGAGUGGAUGGGACAAACCGCCAACCAAGUGCGACCUUUGUGUUUGCAAGUGGAACACAGGAUGAGUCAAUGGUUAUCUCUUAA